AUGCCUGUAGAUCCGAAUGUUAAUGACGAAAACAUAGCUCAACUUGAUCCUGUUGCUCCUGCUGUUGAUUCUGUUGAUUAUGUAUCCUCCGAAGAUCUAAAACCCCUUUCUGACCCUGAUGUCAAGUUCCAGGGCCUAAUUGAAGGACUGGAAUCCAAGGAUUGGCUGAAGAUUUGUGAUUCGUUAAAUGAUGUUAGGCGGAUGGUUGAAGACUGGCCCCAUGUCUCCCUUAUCCCUCGCUUUGACACAGACUCGGCGAUGAAGAAUCCAAGAAGCGCUUUGUGCAAAACUUCUAUCAUGGCUGCUUCUGAUAUUUUCAAAUCAUAUGAUCCGAAUGUUAAUGACGAAAGCAUAGCUCAUCUUGAUCAUGUUGCUCCUGCUGUUGAUUAUGUUGAUUAUGUCUCCUCUGAAGAUCUAAAACCCCUUUCUGACCCUGAUGUCAAGUUCCAGUUACACAUGUGUCUUAGUUCCAUGAAAACUGAUGAAUAUGAGUAUAUGACUAGGGUUGUCAACAUAGAAGGGGAAAAGGUUUUGUUGGUUUUAGUGAAGGCGAUGAAGAAUCCAAGAAGCGCUUUGUGCAAAACUUCUAUCAUGGCUGCUUCUGAUAUUUUCAAAUCAUAUGGUGAUAAGUUGCUUGAGUCCAUAACCCGUGAUGCUGUUGACCACAUGGUGGAGCAUGUGAAUGCUUUAGCAUCUGAACUAGCAACCACAACAACAAACGAAUGUUUCAAGAUUAAUCAGUGCAAAGAUCUGUUGUCAAUAUUCACACACAUGGAGGGAAAAGGUUUUGUUGGUUUUAGUGAAGACGAUGAAGAAUCCAAGAAGCGCUUUGUGCAAAACUUCUAUCAUGGCUGCUUCUGA